AUGUAUAAUUUAAGUGGCGGUGUAUGUCAAUCAUAUUUGACACUUGUGAAGGACAUACACAGUUGCAGUAUACAAAGAGCUCGAACACCACAAGCCGACAAAGCGCGUCGUAAGGUGUAUAUUGUGGGCCACAUACCGCCCGGCUCGGAUGAGCGCCAUAUCGGUCUGCAGCAGAAUGGGCACACCACUUUCACCGAAACCAAUAAUAAACGUUAUUUAGAGUUGGUGCGCAAGUACUCGUCGAUAAUACAGGGCCAGUUUUUUGGGCAUUUACACUCGGACUCUUUUCGGAUUAUAUAUGAUGACAAUGGCAAACCAGUUUCAUGGAUGAUGAUUUCGCCAUCUGUAACACCACGAAAGCUGAAUGUUGGCUCAAAUAAUCCUGCAAUGCGGCUUUACAAAUUCGAUACGGAUUCUGGUCAGGUGCUGGACUACACGCAGUACUUUAUGGAUUUACAGUUAGCGAAUCAGAUGGGCGAGCCCAACUGGCUUCCGGAAUACAAUCUAACCCAUUACUAUGCGCUCAGUGAUAUCUCGGCCAUUUCCUUGCACAAUUUUGUGGAUCGUUUCACUAGCAGUGACGGCACCUGGUUUGGCAAAUACUCCCGUGCCAAUAUCGUUCGCUACCAGGCAGAUCCCUGCGAGGGUGUCUGCAUGCUAAAUCAUUAUUGUGCGAUUACACGAGUGGACUAUAAAGAAUUCCGACAGUGUCUGGAAAAGGAGCAGAGUGCGUUGCGUUCAAACGCUCCUGUUGCUCACACCGUACUCGCAGGCGCCUGCCCCGUUAUAGUGCUGAUGUGUGCAUUGUUAGCGUCCAGUUGUCGCCAAGCUAGUAUGCUGCUGCCGAAACUCAUUGCAUGCAUGAAAGUGCAACAGCAACAGCAACAGCAGUUGCAACGCUUGGCUCCUUUUGGUGAAAGAAAAAAGCAACAAAUUGAAUUCGUAGCAAUGGUGAUGGGGCGAACUAUGGUAAAAAGAAGUGAAGCUGCAAUACAGGCAACAUUAUUAAAUACGAAAACGACGAUUUUUACUUUGCUGCUAGGAAUAUUGUUGAUUCUGCAAUAUACGUUUGAGUACAGUUACUGUAGCAAGAAUAAACGGCUGCCUGCUAUACUUGCAUGUAUGGGCCAACCUCCAGCUGAUGAUCAACUGAGCGCAGAAAUGGGAAAUUUUUACAUGCAACGGGCAACGGUGCAGCAAAGGACUGGCUAUAUCCUUUUGUGGGAAAGCAAAGAAAAGGUGUUAUUGCAGCAGUCAGGUGUACUCCGUUGCUUCAAUUCGUGCUACAAAAGCUGUCAUACUAUCGCCAUGGCGGCGUUUGGUCACGACGACCAAACCAACACCUCCGACAACAGCGAUGUACAGCUUCACCUGCGGUAUGGCAUGGUGCAUGGAAAUCCUGCUGGCAAUAACAAAACACGUCCUGCAGCAACUCCAUUUUCUACCAUGCAGCAGCAAUUGCAUCAAAACAACAACGUAUAUGGGUUCUUGAAAUGCCAGCUGCAAAUUAUUUGUAUAUUUUGUUGCACAAUAAAUUGCCUGCGGCUCAAAAGUAGCCCGUAUCUUGGACCACCAGGCGUUCAACGCAACAAUAAUACCACCAACGUUGACUACGAUUUAUGCACACCCGCCGAUUUACUUGGCCCUAACUUCUCCUAUUGCAAUUCCUUCAAACAUGAACAAAUGCAUAGCCGAUUAAGCCUAAACUUCGCUACGCAUUAGUAUGAAAACCCGUUAUCGCUUUGUGGUCUAGCUGUUUAUAAUUCUAAUGCUUAAUCGUAUGCUUAUUACUACAGUAAAUUUUACAUAAAGGCAUGUGUGAGAAUUAGAUAGAUGUAUGUGUG